CGCCAGCAUAACACAGACUCUGAUAUUAAAAGCUUGGGCUAAAGCUAAUCCAGUCUUUUUUACUUUACUUUACUUUACUUUUCUUUUCUUUUUCUUUUCUUUUUUAAAAGAAGGGGUUGAAGCAAAAUGACGCCAAAAUCCAACUACACGCUCCCCCACCAUCUCGAAGAAUACAAUGUCCCAUUUUCCAGCUUUAGAGCCGCUAGACCGCAAUUCACUCACUUCGUCGGCGGGGGUCUUAUCUUCUCACGGAGAAUUCUUCAAAAUAGCGACCCCGAAGAGGGCAAUCCGCCUCUGCGCAUACUUCUCCUCCAGAGAUCUUUUGAGGACUCGUACGGUGGGCACUGGGAAGGCCCCGGCGGAUCCUGUGAGCCAGACGACGAGACACUCUUAGCAGGGGUUGCUCGCGAAGUUUUCGAAGAAAGCGGACUCCGCGUGUCGAGAUUCGUGGAGUUUGUUUCGCUGGACAGGUGGACGAAGUUGAAGCCGGAUCGGGUCUACGCUGUGGCCAAGUUUACUUUCAUUGUGGAAGUGCACGAAGUGGGAUCUGACGGGCCUGUCCAUGCACAAGAUGACCGGAAAAAGGAGGAGGCUGCUUUAUUCACGGAUACCUCUGAUGGUCUGCCGCCGGCCCGCUGGGAGGAUGCGGUGAAGUUAAACCCGGAGGAGCAUCGGGCGUAUCGGUGGGCUACUGAAGAUGAGAUCCGGGAGGGAGAAGCGAGCGGCAUUGGAAAGUUCACUAUGCUUGGUGACCAGGGACAGUCGAUUCUGGAGGCGUUUCGAUUACUGAAGUUGAAGUCAUGAUAUGAUGAUUUGUUUGUCCCAUGGGCGGUUUUUGUUCUUUUGGCCUCGUAUAAGGCCGAGUUGGAGAUCUGUCUCAAUGAUGUUAGCCAAUUUUCCACAUGUUCUUGAAGAUGUCAUGUCAUAUUGUGCAUAAUGAAUCGCACGAGCCCGAAGAUAGUAGAGAGAUGCAACUGGGAACACACCUGGGUCUAAGAUACCAAAG